UUCAAUCAUUUGAACACACACACAUAGCUCCGGCACUCUCCGGGGAAUUUACACGUGCACUUGCAACGCUUUCGAAUUUGCGACCGGUUUUGGUUCGGCUUUGCCAUGGACGAGUUACUAAAUCUGAUUCUCAACGGCAUACAGCUUCGACUAGAGGAAUCUGCGGAGGAUAGCGACGAGGACAUCGAGGGGGUGAUGGAGGGGAUGGAGGACGAAGGAGAGCUGGACGGACCUGAUACCAGAUUGCUGUACUACUUCAGCAGAUUGUACAACGUUCUCAGUGGGAAUAUCUUCCUGACCACCUACGUGGAGCGCGGGCGGAGGGAAUACUUUGCGGGAUUCAGCAAUGUGCAAUUGGUGGCUCCGUUCCAGGGCGAUCGACAGAGCAAGCGGUACCGCUGGAUCCACCUGUCUCUCAUCUUCCGCGCCUUCAGAUCCACGACUGGGUCCUAGGGAAGAUACCCCACCGUGUCACAGCCAAAUUGAAAUUCCAUUUGGCAUUUGUUCGGAGUUGUUGGUCCAUCUAGUUUCAUUUUGCGCCCUGGCUUUCGCCUCUGCACCCCCCAAGGUCCACAUCUCUGCCCUUUUCGGGUCCCCUGUGCAAGUGUGUGUGUGUGUGUGACAUUUUGGCAGCAGUUCAACGGAAAAACGUUUGGCAGCACGGCCAGAAAAUGAUAAGCCUGGCCAGCGAGAAAAAAGCGGGGGGAACAGCCGAGGAAUCGGUUCACUGAGUAAAAUAAAAAUUGGAAAAAGUGUAAUUGAAAUGCAAUGCACAAGAGGGGCGAAGGGAUGCUAUGGUGGACUUAAAGGAAGGAAUUCGAAAGAGACUUCUUCAAUGCCACCAUAAGGUUUCCUGCCCCCAAGGCCACUGGUUAAGGUGCCACGAAAUCAACUAAGCCAACCAUCUAAUUAACAAGUUUUUAAAAUUUGUAAUAUA